UGGAUCCAAGUAUGGGGUUACCAGCCAAUGAUCACACAGAGGGAGAUUCUAGGAGUCGAACAACACCAAGCGGAUCCUGCAACUGAUAGGAUCAACCAAACCCUUGCGGCGCUGUCUCCACAGGAACGAGAGAGGCGCCAUCUUCCUCACGCUCGUCCUAGGGUGGAGCUCCGUACAGGGUUGCAUCAACCUGUGGCGUGCCAGCAUGGACCCGCCCUCUACCACGACCUACACCCUACCCCCAGACGACCAGCAAGACCCCCUGGUACCUAAGUUUGAGCAGCCCAGCUCGAGGGGUUGUGUUGAUCAGCAACUGUGUGAGAGACCGUCAAUAUGGCGGCAACUGUGGGGGAUCCGCAACGUGGUGAUUGUCCUGCUGACACCAAUUAUCUUGUUGCCACUACCUCUCGUAGCUGAUGACCCGAAAACCAACUGCGCCUACGUGAUCUUGGUGAUGGCCGUGUUCUGGAUCACGGAGGCCGUGCCCAUCGCAGUCACGUCUCUCAUCCCCAUCUUCCUCUUCCCCAUGAUGGGACUGCUCCCAGCCAAAACGGUGUCCGCAACAUACUUCAACGACGCCUCAGCGUUAUUUCUUGGAGGUCUCACAGUGGCAGUUGCCAUAGAAACAUGGGAUCUUCACAAACGUAUAGCAAUCGGAGUGUUGAUGUUGGUUGGAGCAGAACCGAAAUGGUUGAUGUCGUGCUUGAUGGCGGUCACGUGGUUCCUAUCCAUGUGGAUCUCCAACACCGCCACCACCGCCAUGAUGAUUCCCAUCUUGCAGGCAGUCCUGCAGCAACUGAAGACUUCCGGUCAUGGCGACCAGGAAGGGCAAUCUUCAUCAACAGCAAAUGGUUGCGCCAAACUCGAGAUGACGCUCAUCGGCGAUGACGUGAAGAAGCCUGUCGAGGACCUGACGAAGGUGGACGUCAGUAACGACACAAAAGUUCAACCCUUAGGAGCAACACCAGAACAGCACCCCAGAUCUGCCCGUGCCAAGGCAACACAGGAAGAAGAAGCUAAACACCUGCGCAUGUGCAAAGCAAUGUAUCUGAGUAUCUGUUAUGCUGCGAAUAUUGGUGGCAUCGCAAGUCUCACGGGAACUGGCCCAAAUCUCGUGUUGAAGGGGCAGUCUGAUAUAAUUUUCGCCGACAACAACGCCACGUCUCCCAUCACGUUUAGCACGUGGUUGGUGUACGGCGUCCCUCUCUCCCUCAUCGUGCUCGUCCUUCUCUGGAUCUGGAUGCAGAUCUAUUUUCUCAGAUGCAGAGGUUUCUGUGACUGUUUCACUGGUGUUGCAAACAACGACGCCAGGAAGAGGGUUAAAGCUGUUAUACGACACGAGUUCCGGAAACUUGGACCCGUCCCAUUCGCUCAGUGGUGUAUUAUGAUCUUCUUCGGAAUUCUCGUGGUGUUGUGGAUCACGCGAGACUUCGGUGAGGUUGGCGGAUGGGGAGAGAUUUUCAGACCAAAAUUCGUUUCGGAUUCAACACCUGCCAUUUUCAUCAGCCUUCUGUUGUUUGUGUGUCCUGCCACCGUCCCUAAUGUGUUCUGCGUACGAAUGCCUGGAGAUUUGACCAAACUAAAGAUCCGGCCCAUCCUCCGCUGGCAGGAUGUCCAUGAGAAGAUGCCGUGGUCACUCUACCUCAUCCUUGGGGCUGGUUACUCUCUGGCGAGAGCCUCCAAGGACUCCGGACUUUCCGAGUGGCUGGGCGGGAAACUGGGGGUGUUUUCCCACAUUGAUCCCUACUUGAUGUUGCUGAUUCUCUGCUACAUUGUUGCCUUUGCCACAGAGGUGACCAGCAACAGCGCCAUCGCAACACUCAUCAUGCCAAUCAUGGCACAGCUGGCCGUCAACUUGAACGUCAAUCCCCUGUUCUUCAUGUUUCCUACGGCGCUAGCAACGUCUUUCGCCUUCAUGUUGCCAGUAGCAACGCCGCCAAAUGCAAUAGUAUUUUCGUCCGGACAAGUGCGGGUCAUCGAUAUGGUGACAUGUGGCUUCCUCAUGAACAUCAUAUCUGUCCCCGUCAUCAUCUUGGCGACAGCAACGUGGGGCAACGCCUUCUUCAACUUCGACACCCUCCCGCCCGGCUUCAUCCAAGCGACCACGCCCUUGUCCCUCUCCAGCACGUCAUCCCCUCUGCCGCACCUGCUGAACGCUACAGGCUGAGUCCGCCAUGGUUCCUCUGUAUUCACAUUAAAGGGGGACUCUCGUACUUUUUCCAGCCCAGACGCUGCAAUUAGUGACUUGUGUGAAACUGAGACAUUGACUCUUUGUAAUUCGGGUACACCAUAAAAUAUGUGAUCUCUCUGACGCAUCUAAGAUGCUGCCUGACCCGUUACCAUAAUAAUAGAUAUAUACGAUCUACAUGUAUGGAUAUAAAAUCAUGAUUAUGGUAACGAGACAGACAUGGCCAGGCAGCAUCUCGGGGGCGUAAGAGGGCAAACCUGCCUAGCCGCUGUCCGAGGGUCUAGGCUCGACCAACAGAACACAUUCUAACUUUAACCAGUCAAAUCACUGACCAGCUGCCACGUAUCGAAUACCAUACCGCUUUGGUCAACCUGCAGCAUCCCGCACCUCAUCGACGAUGUUAGGCUUCUGUGGCCUACCGGCCAUUCUCCAGUGUUAAUUAGAAGCCAGUGACCCGCACAUGACUCUGUGCUGCUGGCCAUUGUAAUAAUCGUCCAGCUGCCGUUAUAAUUUGUAUUGGGCAGCCUUGUGAAUACUGAAAUGGAUAUAUUUCACUUACUUAGGGCCCGGUUCACAAAACUAUUUUAGCACGAAGAUUGAUAGAUUUAAUCCUUUACUUUAACUUAGACUUACCAUAGUUGUAGAGCUAAGGUCGUCUUCAGAAUCUACUAAAUGACAUCGCGUAAUUUAAAUAUGUCUGUUAUUUGUCACCGCGUUGCAGAAGAUGAGUAAUGACAGAGGCAGUUUUACGUGAGAUCAUAGUUCAUAGUUUAAGAGAUAUUCACACGGCAGUUUAGAUGAUUUAUUUAUACACCAGUUUCAAUUAUAUAUUUACACAUCAGUGUAUAUGAAAUAUUCACGGGUUGGUUUCAAUGAGAUAUUGACAUGCCAGUUUCAAUGAGAUAUUCACAUGGUAGUUUAAAUGAAAUAUUUGUAUGGCAGUUUAAAUGAGAUAUUCACACACCAGUUUCAAUGAGAUAUUCACACACCAGUUUCAAUGAGAUAUUCACACACCAGUUUCAAUGAGAUAUUCGCAUGGCAGUUUAAAUGAGAUAUUCACACACCAGUUUCAAUGAGAUGUUCACACACCAGUUUCAAUGAGAUAUUCGCAUGGCAGUUUCAAUCAGAUAAUCACACGCCAGUUUCAAUGAGAUAUUCGCACAUCAGUUUCAAUGAGAUAUUCACACAUCAGUUUCAAUGAGAUAUUCACAUAAAAGUUUCAAUGAUAUAUUCACACAUCAGUUUCAAUGAGCUAUUCGCACAUCAGUUUCAAUGAGAUAUUCACAUGGCAGUUUCAAUGAGAUAUUCGCACAUGUGUUUCAAUGAGAUAUUCGCACAUGAGUUUCAAUGAGAUAUUCACACGUCAGUUUCAAUAAGAUAAUUGUUUCAAUGUGACGUUUAUUUUAAUUUCUAUACUUCAAUUGUUUCCAACUAUUGUUGUGUGUCGAUUCCCAAAUUGAGACAAUAAAAUGUUUAUCCAAUAAUUUUGAUAAAUAAUUUGUGAUAUAUUAAAUUUAUAAUCCGGUCGAGCCCCAAAUUUCUGUCACGUGUCGAUUCCCAAAUUGAAAUAAUACGUUAACCCAGAAAUAUGUACGUAAAAGUACAAACAACCUACAAAUGGUUUACAAUUAGCAAAUAUAUUACAAAAUUAAGUAGGUUUACAAAUCAAUACAAAAUAACUGCACAGCAAUUACAAUGGCAUUACACAAUACAAUGAAAGGACAAUAUUCAAUGGCAAUAUAUAAUAUGAUCGCAGUGGUCAGUAUCAACUACAAGAAUACAGUGGUGAUAGCAAAUGUUAGUGAUAAUAAUAUAUAUUCAGCCAGUGGUGAUGGUAGUCAAGCUUCCGAGAUGGCCAAUGCAGGGAAUCAGGGAUGUUGAAUGAUCCUCACAGGAACGCUGGUUGAUGUGAUGAAAUGCGUGAGAGAUGCCUAAACACGCUCUUGUCCCACUAUAUAUACAGUCUAAAUAGCUACUGGAAUUGUUUACACAGUGCCAUUACCAGUCUAGAUGCACUAGAACAUCACAGAAUAUUUCACCUAAGUCUACGGUAUACUUGACGUUAACACACCACACUAGUAUCUAAAUAUAGUAAGUUCCUGACGACUGCUUACUUUAGAUAGUACUACAUUCCUGACCACUAAUCACUGUCCAAAUACAAUGCAAUGAGCGUCUACCGAAUCUAGAUAGAAAGAAUGUAACACAGUUACUAUCAUUGUUCAACAUGUUAUGUAACACUCGGAGAAAGAAAGUUUGAACGAAGUGAGCACUUUCUUUGCAAAUAAAUGUACAACAACUAAUAAACAUUAUACCUGAUAUUAUGAGAAAUGAUCACAAAAAUGCUCAUCAUGAUUGCAGUCAGAACAGAUCACAUUCAACCAACUCGAAAAAAUGCGUCAGCAAUAAGAUUGUCUUUGCCUUUGAUACGCUUGAUUUCUAAAUAAAAUUCUUGCAAAGACUGGCUCCAGCGCA